AUGGUACGCCAUUUAGCCUUCUCUAACCUUUCGGUGAAAGUUGGUCGUCCAGAAUCUCGCUAUUUUGCAGAAAUGCCAAAGGGUCUUACAGUCAAGACAGAGAUACGACGCGUUCGGCGUGCCUUAUCCCCAAGAUACUGCCAGAAACGAUGCGAUGACCCCAUACUACGACGUACAUUCCGCGCUAGGUUCGAGAACUGUGAUAAGUCAGCAAUGGCGGCUACGUUUGAACAGCUGGUUCGCGCGGCAAGGUCGGCUGUUACUGUCGUCUUCAAAGGUCGUUAA